AUGCAAAACCCAACCUACUCCUGUUGUAUCAAGUCGCAGGCGGCCAGAAAGAAUUAUGAAACAGCUGGGAAUAUGUCUAUAUGUUGUCGGAACGCGCAAAAUUUACUUUCAAAUUUAAUUAUAAUGGGAGUCUGA